CAGUUGAGUUGAUUGUCAGUUUCAACUUGUACUUGGAGCGACAUGCAACAUUGUUGUACAUAUCCAAAAUAGAAACACUGAGACUCCGAACCACACUAUUUAUUCUCGUAUUUUAGUUGUUGUUUUUCAAGACAUCCUUUCCUUAAUGGCCGAGCAACAGGAACUGACCAAUGCGCAGAUCGAGGAAAUGCGUGAACAAUUCCAAGUCUAUGACCAAGAUGGCGGUGGCACCAUUCAAGCACCUGAAUUGUGCAAUGUUUUAACAUCCAUGGGGAAUCUUUUAACUGAGGCGGAAGUCUAUGAACUGAUUGAUUCGGUCGAUGUGGAUGGCAAUCGUGAAAUUGAUUUUCCCGAAUUUCUAACAAUGAUGGCUCCGCGCAUUUUUGAGACCGAAAGAAAUGAGAAUCUAGAGAAGGCAUUUCAGUUCUUUGAUCGGGAUGGCGAUGGCUAUUUCAAUUGGCAGGAUAUAAAGGCUGUGACCAGUAAUCUGGGUGUAUCGAUAACCGAUGAGGAGAUCAAAAUGAUAUUACGCGAAGUCGAUGCCAAUGGGGAUAACCGUGUGCAUUUAAGUGAAUUUAUGACCUUUAUGCGUGAAAACAGGGAUGACAUGGGACGCAACUAACUGCAUUAAAUUUCCAGUGUGCCAAUAAUAAAACGCGCAACAACAAACCGCACCAAAAAAAAAAAAAUAAUAAAAUAAAGCAAAGCAAAAAG